AUGCGGGGGAGGUGGUUGGGGCGCGUGGGGUUGGAAGAUGUGAAACGUGGGGAGGAGAUGGGGGAGGGUGGCGUGAGGUGUCAGAGUUUACGUGCAAGAUCAAUGGAUGUUCGGCCGGCACAUAUGUGUUGGGGGCAUAGGUGGACCAUCAGCUGGCAAUGAUGAGGAAGUGAGUCAUUCCACUGAGUUGUGCAAAUGUGGAAGACUCAAGGUGGCUGGCCACCAGUGAAAUCAAGUCAGCAUCACAGCAGCAAUGCUGCAAUGAAAGUGACUGUGUGUUUCAAAGGUGUUAGAGUGGUUGUUCCCUGUGGGAGUGGAAAUGGGUCAGUCCGUGACCUCAUGCUUCGGUCAGCAGCACGCUACAAGAAGGCUACUGGAAGGCCGUCCGACUCGUGGGUGACUGUGCACUCGCUCAAGUCGGUGGACGGCGGCCUGCUGGACCCGGACGACCGGCUGAGCGACGUGGCCGACGACCGCGAGCAGAUCGUGGCCGUGUAUGAGGAACAUGGCGGCCGGGCCGCUCCGCACGGCGGCGGCGACGGCACCUCUGGCAGCUCGGACGGCACGGCCAGCCCCGUCCCCCUCACGGGCGGGGAUCACGACAUGCAGCGGUUUUCCCGGAUGGACAUUGAGGUCAGCGGUCAGCAGGCGCCUGCCUGCUCGCUUCAGGUGCGGCGCGGCAGUGAGCCGGCGCUGAACCAGGUGUGCCCGCUGCCGCAGUUCCCGCCGGACCUGUGCGCCGACGCCAGCAAACGGUGGUCGGCCGCGCCCAUCAUUGACAACCAGAUCGUGGCCAGUUCGACCCCGAUCAAGGACACGAGUUUCGAGCAGCUGACGCCGCCGGGCGAGCGGGAGGAGGCGUCGGGCGACGAGCGCGACCGGCCGCCGUUCUCGCGCCUCGCCCGCGACGCCAACCGGCUCUCCAUGCAGGUCGGCGGCAACAGCGACGGCAUAUGGAGGUGGGCGGAGGCGGCCGACCGUCUGGUCAGCCCGCAGACGCCGCGAUGGGAGCCGGUGGGGGGCUCCAACGGCUCGCCAGACGUCUCGUACGAGGAUACCAGGUGGCCGCCACCCCAGCAGCAGCAGCAGCAGCAGCUGGUGGUCCUGACUGACGUCUCCGGGCCCCUCGGGAUCCACGUGGUGCCGGAGUGUGACGAGAGCGGUCGCGACGCGGGCCUGCACGUGCAACGGGUGGAGCCGGACGGCGCGGUGCGGCGCGACGGACGCGUCUCCGUCGGCGACCGCAUCGUGCAGAUCAACGGCCACAGCCUGCGUAACAUCAGCUUCCAGAGGGCGCAGGAGAUCUUCGUGAGCGCGAUGAGCGGCGGCGAUCUGCGACUGCUGGUGGAGCACGUGCCGGGCCGCUCGCAGCCGCCGGCGCCGGCGGCCGCGCUCUCUCGCUCGCACACGCCCAUCGACGCACUCGACGGCGACGCCAGAGGCGGCGGCUCGCGCGUCGCCACCGUCUCGCCCACCAAGAAGGUGCCGGCCUCGCUGUCGUCGCGCACGCAGAGCGUCAUGCAGACGUCCAACACGCGCAAGCUGGGCCGCCGGCUGUCGGUGGCGCUGGUCAAGGGCGCCGACGGCCUGGGCUUCAGCGUGACGACGCGCGACAACCCGGCCGGCGCACACGCGCCCGUCUACGUCAAGAACAUCCUGCCGCAGGGCGCGGCGGUGGAGGACGGCCGCUUACGGCCGGGGGACCGGCUACUGGAGAUCGACGGCGUCGCCGUCACCGGACUCAGCCAGCGCCAGGUGGUGCACAUGCUGCGCGCCGUGCGACCGGCCCAGCCCGUCGAGCUCGUGCUCUCGCGCCACCAGGAGGACGCCAGCCCCAAGCUGCCGCGGCCGCUGCCGGCCGACCACCGCGAGCCGGACGAGUCGGAGCCCUCCCGCGACAAGGAGGUCCUCGUGUUCGACAUCCCCGUGCACGACUCGGAGCGAGCCGGCCUCGGUAUCAGUGUCAAGGGCAAGACGACGGCCGGCCAUAGCGGCCCGCUGGACGUGGGCAUCUACAUCAAAAACGUUAUUCACGGCGGUGCCGCCAGCAAGGACGGCCGCUUGCAGCGCAACGACCAACUGAUCGACGUCAACUACACGGCCCUGCUGGGGCUCAGCAACAGCGACGCCAUGGAGACGCUGCGGCGCGCCAUGUGCCAAGAGGGCCCGAAGUCGGGCGUCAUCACGCUGACGGUAGCGCGUCGGGGCGAUCUGGGCGGCGGCAGCGGACGCGAGUCUGUCAACAGCAUGCUCUCCAAUUCGUCCGGCGAGGUGCUGGCCGGCUGGCGGCCAUCCAGCGAGCGGGACCAGUCGGGCCACAGCGAGGAGUCGCAGGUGACCGUGAUCCAUCGGCCGCCGCCGCCGCCGCCGCCAUCCGACGGCCACGGCCCCGGCCCCGGCGCCGACCGACACCCCCGCAACAUCCGCAACGACAGCUACUACCAGGCCACGCACGACACGUGGGACGCGUCGGCGCUGCAGCAGGCGGCGGCGUCCCCCGCCGGCGAGCGGCCGGUCGGCUGCAGCCCCACUGUCGACGCGGUCUCCGUCGAGGCGGCGCCCGGCGGGCCGGGUAGCGCCGCCGCCACCGCCGAGCCGUUCACGCACGCAGCCUACGCCAGCCAGACGUCGCUGGAGCAGGCAGGUGUGGGCUUCACUCGUGACCAGCUGGGCCGCCAGUCCAUCAGCGAGAAGCGGCACGCCUCCAAGGACGCCAAGGGCACGGACACGUACCAGCGCACCAAGCGGGCGCGCGAGGAGCGCGAGCAGCAGCGCCGCCUGCUGGAGGCCGAGCUGCGCCGGGAGGAGGCGCGCCGCCGGGACGCGGGCGAGCUGGGUCCCAGCCUCGGCAUGAAGAAGUCCUCCAGCCUCGAGUCGCUGCAAACCAUGGUGCACGAGCUGUCGCUGGUGGAGGACAGCGAGCGGCCGUUCGCGCACCGCGCCGCCGCCCAGGCCGUGCGCGGCCGCGGCUGCAACGAGAGCUUUCGCGCCGCUGUCGACCGCAGCUACGAGGCGCCGCUGGCCAACAUGCGGGACCGCAUGGAGACGCUGCCGCUGGCGGCUGACGCCGAUUUUGUCACCUAUCUAGUGGACGAGGAGGCGGCGCCGGGCUUCAACCGAGACCGCGCCGCCCGCCAGAGCUCCAUGAGCUCGGGCGCCGCCGACGACAAGAAGGCGAAGCGACGCUCCGGCCUGCUGAAGGGACUCGGCAGUAUGUUCAGGUUCGGCCGGCACCGCAAGGGCGGCGAGGCGGCGGACGCGGCGCUGCGCCUGACGCCCGACGAGCUGCGCCAGCAGCAAGAGGAGCUCAACAGGAUCGCGGCCCGGCGCCGAGCCGAGGAACAUGACCCGACCUGA